UCGGGGUCAACAUGGCGGCGUCCAUGGCCCGAGUCUGCCGCUAUUUUUUACGACACAAGUCUUGUGUUCCGCUAACGACAAGCUUCGCACUGAAAUGCAAAUUUCACUGUUCUAUCUCUGCGCGUACGGGGCUGAUCCAGGGUCUUUACAAACGCGGAAUUGUCAAGGAGUCUUUCCCGGAUGACGCGGCGCACGAACGACUCCCUGCCUUGCUGCAGUCCGGGGCUCAGACCGUGUAUUGCGGCUUCGACCCCACGGCCGACAGCCUCCACGUCGGCAACCUGCUCGCCCUUAUCGGCCUGCUGCACUUCCGAAGCGCGGGCCACCACGUGCUCGUCGUACUCGGCGGGGCCACGGCGCAGAUCGGCGACCCGAGUGGGAAAACGAGCGAACGGGAGCAACUGUGCGCGGACGUCGUGGAGGCGAACACCCGCCGCAUCCGCGAGAGCAUCUACAGAAUCUUCACCAACCACGAGUUGAACUUCCACGACGGCUCCAAGACGCCGGGAACCGUGACUGUGCUGAACAACCUGAGCUGGUAUAAAGACUGGAACGUGGUGAAAUUCCUGUCGGAAGCCGGGAGGCACUUACGCAUGGGCACCAUGCUGAGCCGCCACAGCGUCCAGUCCAGGCUGCGGAGCUCGGAGGGAAUGAGCCUGACCGAGUUCACGUACCAGGCGUUCCAGGCCUACGACUUCCACCACCUGAACCAAAUCUACGGCUGCAAGAUCCAGCUAGGGGGCACCGACCAGCUGGGCAACCUCAUGUCCGGCCACGACUUCAUUCACAAGGUGAGCAGUGAGGAGGUGUACGGCCUCACCCUUCCACUGGUCACCAGCUCGACGGGGGACAAGCUGGGCAAGACGGCGGGGAACGCCGUGUGGCUCGACCGUGACAGGACGUCUCCCUUCGAGCUCUACCAGUUUUUCCUCCGGCAGCCUGACGCCAGCGUGGAAGGGUACCUAAAGCUGUUCACCUUCCUGCCUCUGGCCGAAGUAGAGCGCCUGAUGGAGCAGCAGAGAGCGGAUCCUGCUAAACGGCUGGCACAUAAACGACUGGCAGCGGAGGUGACAAAGCUGGUACAUGGGAAGGAGGGCCUCGGGAGUGCCAAGAGAUGCACCAACACUCUGUACCACAGCAGCGUGCAGGCGCUGGAAGAGAUGAGCGACUUGGAGCUGCAGGAGCUCUUCCGAGAGGCUCCCUUCCACGAACUGCUGCUGGAGCCGGGGACCACCGUCAUCGACGCGUGCCGGUUGGUCAAAGCCAUCCCAGAGGGUCCCAAAGGGUAUCGGAUGGUUUCGGAGGGAGCGGUGUGGCUCAACCACGAGCGGACGGACAAACCCGAGCAGGUACUGAUCCCCAAGCUCCACAUUCUGGCCAAUGGACUCACGCUGGUCCGAGUGGGCAAGAAGAACUUCUAUAUUAUCAAAUGGCUCAGUCUCUGAAAGGUCUGUGUGGAAGUGACUUUUAUUUUGCUUUGCAUAUAAAUAUUGCACAGACAUAAUGUAUAUCCUAAACUAUGAUUAUUAAAAUGAUUUUAUUUAAACGUU